AUGUCGAUGGAGCAGCUGAUGGCGCUGGUGCCGCUCGAGGCGGCGCUCAGCCACAAAGAGAAAGGCCGGAAGUCGCGCUGGGAAAGAAAGAAAGCGCCCGAGGGCAGCCGCUGGGGCUCCGAAACGGUAACUCAUUUUAGCAACUUUUUCUGCCAUUUAAUGGAAUUUAGAAGGCCAUUUAAGCCAUUUAGAAGGCCAUUUAAGGCCAUUUAA